AUGGCAAGGAUACCGGGGCGUCCUGAUUACGACGCCCUGAUAAAGCUGCUGCUCGUUGGCGAUAGCGGAGUGGGGAAGUCAUGUCUCUUAUUACGUUUUACAGAUGACAUGUUUACAUCAUCCUUUAUAACAACAAUAGGCAUCGACUUCAAAAUAAAAAAGGUGGACGUAGACGGGAAGCUUGUCAAGCUGCAGAUUUGGGACACCGCAGGCCAGGAGCGGUUCAGGACCAUAACCAGCGCGUACUACAGAGGGGCUCAGGGAAUCAUCCUCGUGUACGACAUCACGGACGAGGCGUCCUUCAAUAACGUAAGGAACUGGAUGCGAAACAUCGAGCAGCACGCGUCCGACAAUGUUAACAAGAUUCUGGUGGGCAACAAGUUGGACCUGGCAGAGGACAAGCGAGUGGUCUCAAUUGCCCGGGGCCAAGCUCUGGCAGACGAGUUUGGGUUCCGCUUCUACGAGACAUCCGCAAAAGACAACGUGCACGUGGAGGAGGCCUUCAUCGCGGUGGCCAAGGACGUUCUGGCCCGUAUGGAGGGCGAGCACGCCAAUCAGCAACUCCUGCAGCAACAGCAACUCUCCGCGGCACAGCCGGUGCGGCUUACGUCGGGCAGCCCCAGCCCCGCGCAGGGGAAAUCCUGUUGCCGAUAGCGGCGCUGCCAUUCGGGGACCACGCACCGCGGUCGCCUGGCCUGGCCGGGGUUGUGUUAUCGGCAGCGGUCCGUCACGGUGCCUGAUGGCGAAGCUGUAUGAUGGCCCCCUGGGCAACUGUCGCUUAAAAUCGCAGCUGCUGUAUCUGCCUGUGUGCCAGGGGGCUAGGCUGGGGGGGGGGGCUGGGGUGGCUGCAGCGCUAUCCUCAGGAUCAGAGCUGAAGACCUUAUGGUCUCAGGAUUGGGCUUGCGGCGCGUCGUACCUCAAGUGGGUUAUAUCUCAAGUUCAGACCUGGGCUUAGGAUGUCGGUUGGCCACGCAAGGAGAGGUCCCCGGUGCCCUAGGAGGGCGAGAGGGCGCGUGUGAGGGAGAGAGGGAAGAGGCUUGCGGGACCGGCCACAUUAGAGAGCACCACCUCUCCGACGGCUCUCUCCGACGGGCCCCUGACCGCCGUCGGGGUGCACUCGGGGCUCAGAUUCAGUGGGGCAGCGGCUCUCUUGCUGGCAGUACUCUUCCCCCGUUUAGUAGAGCUGCUCCUUUGCCGUAGGAUGUAAUGUAGGGGGCAGACAUGUACGGAGAAGGAGCGUUUCUAGGGCGCGCAUUGCUGUUGCUGAGGCGAGUCCGAGGGCGACGCACAGCGGAUCC